UUCAUAAAGUUUUCAUAUGAGAUAAAUAUAUAUAGUUGGAAGCUAUAAUGCUUUAGAAUGUGCAAUAAGAAAUGCAUUGACAGGAGUGUCCGUAAACUUUGAAAUACUUAGUUGCCUUAUUAUGACACUAACCCUUAAUAGAAUAGAAGUGCAUUAUGUAGAUAGAAGAUCUUAAACAAGAAAAAAGAGAUUGAUAAAAUGUCUGUGUGUGUGUUUUGAUUAUCUGUCUGAGUGGUUUUUUAUUCACAUCACAGUAACAGAGUCAUGAAGGAAUCCAAGCUAGCAAAUGCAUCAGAAGGCGAAUUAGAUGGGGUUGAUAUGAUGAGUAAGUUGCCGGAUGAUAUUCUUCAAUUGAUUCUUUCACGUAUUCCAAGUACCGAAGAAUUAACACGAACCAGCAUUUUGUCGAGACGAUGGAGGUAUUUGUGGACUUCAAUUCCCUCUAUAGACAUAGAUUUUACCCGAGGAGUGGGUCUCUCAUAUGGAUUUCUGAUAUUGAAAAGUGACGUAUUUAAAGAGUUUGUGGAUUGGGUUUUACUAAACAAACCUCUCGUUUUGGAUAGUUUUCGUUUAUGGUGUGCGAGUUGCUGCAAUAUGUCGACCAUACGGCGAUGGAUUCAUGCCGCUGCUGUGAGAAAAUUCAAACUGCUUGACAUGUUGUUUCGCCCAAUAGAUGAUUCUGAGGAUAUUGAGAUGCCCGAUUGUCUGGUGGCUUGCGCUUCGCUUGAGGUAUUAAGGUUGCAUUUGAUGAGAGGUCCUCCAAGUGUGCCCAAAUUUACAGGGUUUCCGGCACUUAGGGUUCUUGAGCUGAACGAUGUUGAUUUAUUGAAGGAUGAUUUAGUAAAAUAUUUUCUCGAAAGCUGCCCAUUGCUUGAGGAUUUGAGUUUGAUAGAUUGCCCUGCCUAUUCUCUUGUUAUUUCAUCUCCGAUGCUCAAGAAUCUGAGAAUUGAUACCCAAGAACUAGUUGAUGAUGAUGGGUACGUUGAGGAGGGAUUAGAUAUAGAUUGGGCCAUGUGUCUAAGCCUUGAGAUUUCUUGCCCAAAACUGGUGUGUUUAACGUUAACGGGUUAUGUAGCUACGGAGUUUCUCUUUAACAAUCUAUGUUCAUUGAAGAAAGCUGUGAUUUACGCUGAAGAAUUGUUUGAAGUUGAGGAACCCAUUUAUGAUUUGUUUUAUGACAUGCGUCAUGUGGAAUCUUUGUCGAUCAGCCUUCGCUCUGUUGAACAGAUGGGCUUUAGAGAUGAUGAUGACCCUAUAUCUCUACCUAAUCUCAAGACGUUGGAGCUUACAGUUGAUGCCCUACAUGUACUCAUCCGAUUUCUCACCUGUCUUCCAGAUCUGGAGUAUCUUCAUUUGGUUUUUCCAAAGAAUGUUUAUGGAUUGGACAAGUGGAAUCAAGAUGAAGCUACACCUGAAACAAUGAGCAUCUUGACUCGUCAUCUGAAAAAGGUGGAGUUUCUUGAAUUCCAAGAAAAUAAGCCUGAACUAAAUUUAGCCCGUUCCUUAUUGGAGCAUGGAAAUGAAUUGGAGGAAAUGGUUUUCAGUUGGAGUGAUGAAGCCAAGUUCCAUGAGAGGUCAAUGGAGACUAUGAAUCAAGUCUCAGAAUUUCACAAGGCUUCUUCAGCUGUCAAACUUACAGGUGUGAUCAACCUAAACCAACUCAACCCAUGGCUGGGCCCAAAAAUACCAGAAUUCGUCCUGAUUCAAGUCGAUUCCAGCUCAUGAAUGAAGCUCGUGAGAUUUGUCAAAGUUACAUUUUUUGUUUUUCCCUAUUAAUAUAAUACCUGUAUCGAUUACACCCCUACUCAAACUCAUGACUCUACUGAUGUUAGAAGCUUUGCGUUAAACACUUAAACUGUGUAAGUAGUAGAAUGAAUAUCUUUUCAUGUUAUGGGUAGACCAGAUUUCUUGGUUCGUAAGGGUGAUUUUUGGAGGGGGAAGUCGUUCUUUUGUUCUUUUUGAAAUGACGUCUAUCAUAAUCCUCUUCAUUAAGGAAUUUUGUGAGAGAUAUUAAAUGUUGGGUUAGAUGAACACAGUAACAGCAUACUUUAGUUCAAAACUCCAAAUUCUAUUGGUUAAUCAGGGAAAUUCUCAGAUUAACCAUUAUUUCAACUUUUUUACACAAGUCACUAUUUUAUUUUUCUUUUUAGAAAAAUCGUUGAUAUUUAUAAAUAUUUUCAAAAGAACCAUUGUUAACCUGUUGUAGCCCCUUGAACCCGGCCCAAAACAUAUUAGAAAUCAACUCAAUUCAAGUUGAGCCGAGUUUGUGCUUGAGCAACUUGAGUGUUAAACCAGUUGGCCCUUGAAGCUCGUGAGCUUUGUAAAGCUACAUUUUUACCCUUUUUGUUACAUUGUAUCACCUCGACUCGGAUUGAUC